CGUUCACCGAAGAUGCAACAACGCGUGCGAUUGCUUCGUCCUUUCCUGCGCCGCACAUCUACCGCCGCGGCAGCGACCGUUCCGUUCCGACGCUUGAUGCAUCAUGCCGCGGAAUCUUCAUCUCGUACGCUCCCUCAAGCAAGUCUUGUGCCUGUCCUUGCCGCACUCGCCGCGGCCGCGACGGGUGUGGCGUUGGCUGAUGGUAAGAAGGACGACACCUCCAACGAUUCCACAUCGGCGUAUGUGAACUGGUCGGCCACUCAUGACUGCCAUCCUGUCCGCGUGUACGAGCCAGAAUCUGUGGCUGAAGUUGAGUCCAUCGUUGCGUUCCACCACCUGCAAAAGACCAAACUUCGACCCAUGGGGUCCGGUGUGAGUCCGAACGGGCUAGGGUUCUCAGACGAAUCGAUCUUGGUCCUCAGUCGGUUGGAUAACAUCCUUCACGUCGACGAGGAACUGCAACAAGUCACGGUGGAAGGAGGUGUCAUCGUCGGUGACCUGCUCGCUCGUCUCCGGACCCAUGGCCUCACGCUGCAAAACGUCGCUUCCAUCCGCGAACAGACCAUCGCAGGCGUCACUCAAGCGGGAUGCCACGGCACGGGCGCGUCAAUUCCUCCCAUGGAAGAGCAAAUCGUUUCAAUGGACAUCGUGACGCCUGCAAACGGCCGACUUACACUCAACGACCCGUCGGACCCGCGCUUCCAGCUGGCGAAAUGCGGUCUUGGUGCGCUGGGCGUGGUCACACAGCUCACGUUGCAAUGCGUGCGUCGGCAUUACCUGGUGGAAAACACACAAGUCAUGUCCAUCUCUCAACUCCGCCAAGUGCAUACUUCCCUUUUGAAGUCCAACCAACACGUUCGGUACAUGUGGCUUCCAUACACGUCCUCUGUUGUGGUAGUGACCUCGAAUCCAUCCACUUCCCCCGAUCUCCCCGCCGACCACACGGAAGUGUCGUCGGACGUCGACCAUCGCCUGCGCCCGCUCCGACUCCUCUACGCCGACCUCGCCCGCACAUCGCCGCCUUCGUCGUGGCGGUUCACCCAACUCCGCGAUGCCUUGUACGCGUUGGACCCGCUCAAUCCCGCGCACAUUGCGCGCAUCACGCAGGUCGAAGUCGAGUAUUGGCGGCGCAGUCAAGGCACCCGCGUCGCCCUUUCCGACGACGUGGUUGGAUUUGACUGCGGCGGACAACAAUUGGUGUCGGAAGUGGCGUUCCCCAUGUCGAAUGGGUCGUCCACGGACCUGGACUUUAUGGAAGCGCUACUCGCGCGGAUCCAAGCCGACCACGUCCCGGCGCACACCCCCAUCGAGCAGCGAUGGACGGCGCGCAGCCGCGCCGCCCUCAGUCCCGCGCACAGUGCCGAAGACGCGACCUUGUUUUCGUGGGUCGGCAUCAUCCUGUACCUCCAAGACGCAGACGACACCCGCGCGGCUACCCAAGCGUACUUUGCCGAGUACUCGAAACUGUUGGAAGACGUGAUGGCUCCAUAUGGGGCGACGGAGCAUUGGGCCAAGUUGGAGGUCCAGUCCAAGUCGAAGGAGGAGAUCGAAGCCCUCCGUACGCGCCUCUCUGCGAGAUUUCCGGCGUGGAAAGCAUUCAAGACCCUCCGAGAUGAAUGGGAUCCGAACCACGUGCUCUCGAAUGAGUUUGUAGAUGUACUAGUGCGUUAAAGGUCGGCUAGGGACUGCCGGUGACGUUGGAUUGGGAUCCAUACCGACGUUGUAUGAAAGAUAGGGAUGGAUCGGUCGGUACCUACUCAAAUGCUUUACGAGGUCAGGCACCAAGUAAACGAGACUUUAUCGAUACACCUUUUUUGGAUUUUAUCACUCUUACUUGAGGAGAAAAAUAGACACG